AAAACACAAGGACAAGUACAACUAGACAUGACACAAGGGUCAUUCUCUGAAGACGUCCAUGUUGCUCAAAGCCCAGAGCUCACCAGCAGGCUACAGGGGAGCUGAUCUGAGCUGCAGUCAUCGAGGAUCCACGCUCUCUCUGGCGACAGAGGCCGACAGUGUUCUCUCCAGAGAAGCAGAGUCGCAGAGGGCCGGAUCUGUGUGCUUGAUGGAGUCGUUCCCCAUGCUGAGCAGAGCGUCGAGCAGGAACAUGGAGAGGGACUGGGAGAACGGCUCCAUCGCCUCCUUCAUCACGUCAGCGGAGUACAAUGGUCCUAAACUCUUCAAGGAGCUGAGCUCCAAGUCCAACAAGCCAAUCAUCAUCAACGCCAUCGCUCACUGCUGCCUGGCUGGGAAGGUUAAUGAGAUGCAGAAGAAUGUUAUUCUAUUCUAUCAUCCUCUUCCGCGACGGCGGGUGCAUGUUCUCGUACACGCCGGAGAAGUAGGAGAUCGUCAAGUUCAAGGGGGGGGUUAG